UUUUCAGGAUUUAUGCUGAAAUUAACUGGCACGAUGUACUUAUGAAGCGUAUACGUGCUGAGAAACUUAUUUAUGUAUGCGUCUAUUACAACAUGCCACCCUUUGUCAUGAAUAUUAUUCGCAUUAGAAUUGUUUAUCCUUGAGAGAUUAAUAUUUAUAGGCGAACUAUUUAACUAAUGUACGUACUCUCGUUAAUACGCUCGAUAAUAUCACGUAAAUAUUUACUUACUACGCAUGUUUUUUUUUUUUUUUUUUUUGCGCCAUCGAUCCUCUCUCUUAUUAAUUAAACGCAAUACGAAUUCUUCAAAAUCGAUCGUACGAAAUUAUAUACUCCAUUUUGUUACGUAUCAUAACCUAAUUGCUAUUUCUUAUACGGAUUAUGAUUGAUCGAAAUUACUCGACAAAUUAAUUGAUCGAACAAAAUGAUCGGUGAUAUUUAACGAGUAAUCAACACGAGUUCACUGACUUUCGAAGACUGUCUGAUAAAAAUGACGAACGUAUAAUAUCGUCUUGCGAGUUACGGUAAUGUUGUGAAACCGUUGAAUGAUGCGGAGUAAUGUGUAUAUACGUAUGAAAUAAUAUUUUUUUUGUGAUUUUCUCUCUCUCUCUCUCUCUCUCUCUCUCUCUCUUGAAAAAUUUACAUAUUUCUUCUAUUCUUAUUAUUCGACGAAAUUACUUUAAUUUUAUAAAAUUGAUGGAAGUAUUAUCGUAGACUCUACUAUUUGAAAUAAAAGUUAAAAUUAAAGUUCAUUAGCGGACGUGUGAAACGACUCCUGCGCGUGUCGGCUUCGUUCUCCGUCUGAGACAUAAUAUCCGAAGACAUAAACAAAUUACGAGCGGUGUUUUCAAUAACAUUUGUAAUUACCAGGAAGGACAUUGGUUACCUAAUUUCCCUAUAGGUAGCUCUUCGAUCGCCAUUUCCGUACGCCGAUUGGUGCUGUGUGUAUCGUUCGCAAUAUGGCAAUAAUGAAAUGUAUAAGUUUUAUAUAAAUUUAAUUUAUAUUAAAUAAAAAUAUAUCGUAUAUAAAUACAGUGCAGGUGAAAUAAUCUUUAAGAAGAUUUUAAUCAAAUCGCUUUUAAGGAAAUAAAAUCGUGUAAGUUGAACACGUGGUUUUUGAACUUAACCUUAAAGUGAAAACAAGAUGGGCCAUCGUAAAAAGGGACGUUGUGUUAAGCGAAAUAAACAAUUAAAUACAGAAGAGAAAGAAGAUUUAGUAAAAGCUCCUCACUCGUUCGUAAUUCAUCGUGGUUUACCAGGAGAACACAUAAUAGAAUUAACUAAGGAUUUUCGUAGAGUUAUGGAACCAUUUACUGCUAGUUCGUUGAAAGCUAGAAAACGAAAUAGUAUUAAGGAUUUUGUAUCGGUUGCCGGUGUGUUACACGUUAGUCAUUUAUGUAUUUUUACAAGAACAGAACUUGGGAUGUAUCUUAAACUCUGCAGGUUACCCAGAGGACCGACGCUCACUUUUAAAGUACAUAAUUUCUCAUUAGCAAAAGAUGUAGUAUCUACAUUAAAAAAACAAAUGGUAUUUGAAGAAGCUUUUAAAAAUUCUCCUUUAAUUGUAUUAAAUAACUUUAGCGGAGAGGGUAUGCAGUUAAAAUUAAUAGCUUCAAUGUUUCAAAACAUGUUCCCAACUAUAAACUUAAUUAAUGUUGAUUUAAGUACAAUUCGUCGUUGCGUAUGCUUAAAUUAUAAUACAACAACAAAAAUAAUUGAUUUUAGACAUUAUGCUAUUAAAGUUGUACCUGUUGGUUUAUCAAAAGGUGUUACAAAAUUAGUAAGAGCUAAAAUACCGAAUCUUUCAAAAUGUCAAGACUUUUCAGAGUUUUUGACAAAAUCGACAGUAUCCGAAAGCGAAGCGGAAGACGAUCCUACCAGUCAUGUUACGUUAUCGCAAAAAUUAUCAUCUCGAGGAAAUCAUGAAAAUACUACUAGUGCUAUUAGACUUUCUGAAUUAGGGCCAAGAAUUACUUUACAAUUAAUGAAAGUAGAAGGUGGACUUCUCGAUGGCGAGGUUUUGUUUCAUGAAUUUAUUCAUAAAACUGAAGAGGAAAAACUUCAAAUACAAAAGAAACGGGAGGAGAAGAAAAAGCUUAAAGAAAAAAGAAGAAAGACACAGGAGGAAAAUAAAAAGAAGAAAGAAUUGAGAAAAGAAGAACAUAAAGAAAAUUCAUUAAAAGGAAUGCAAAAGAAAAAAGAAAUUGCAAAAAAAUCUAUGGAAGAAAGUGUUGUAGAAGAGGAAGAAGACGAUGAUGCUCAAUAUUAUCGAGAAGAAGUAGGAGAAGAACCUGAGAAGGAAUUAUUUGAAGGAAAAACUAGUCAAAAAAGGCGACAUAAGUUUAUACCAAGGUAUAAAACAAAAAAAUUAAAAAGAAAUAUAUCUGAAAAUGAAACACAUGAAUAAAAAAAAUUUGUGAUGAAAUUCAUAAAGAAAUUAAUAUAGAGAAAACUACAAUUGUUAUUUAAAUGUAACUACACUGUUUAUUUGAUAAGCCUAUUUUAUAGACAAUUCAUUAUUUCAUUUUGCAAUAUUAAACUACAUAUAUUUUUAUAAAAUCACAAACGCGUGUAAUAACAUGAUGUCACGAAAGUGUAUGAUAUCAAUUUUUAGAAGUUACAAUUGAUUGCAUUGAAACUUAAGUCUCCUGUUUUAUUUAAAUAUUUCUCGUGACUUGAUUUAUAUAGCAUAAACAAUAAGUGACGGAUGUGACAAUAUUAUCCGGUCAUAAUACAAUUUAUAAAACAUAUUGACAAAUUGAUCAUUAGUUUUGAAAAACAGGAACACGAUUUUACUUGUUUGCCAACUCGAGUUUUCUGUGGCAUAUUAAAAAUACGUUAUCCGAAUA